AGCAACUUCAGCAGGCUCAAAUCUUACAUAUCCAGCAUCAGCAACAACGGCUGGCUGCAACAAUAGGCCAUACAACGUCACCGCCAGGUACACCUACUAGCCCUAAGCAAAUCAGUGCGCCACAGAGUAGUUUAUCUUCCUCAGCAUCUGCCUCAACAUCAACAGCUGGAGCCACAGUAAAUGCACAAACACAGCGUUUGGUUGCCACGCGCAUCUACAUUCAAACCGAAACUGAUUUCAAGUCAGUCAACCUUGCACCAAACUCUACUGCUCUGGAUGUCCUGCAUAUGCUGGAGCAGCGGGGCAGUUUUGGCGAGCGGGGAGACCCUCGUCAUCAUGACCGAUGGACUAUCUUUGAAUACUCUAAAGAAUUCAUGAUCGAACGUCCAUUGCGCGAUUUUGAAGUUGUAUUAGACAUUAUGAAAGUUUGGGAGACUGAUAAAGAUAACAAGUUCAUCUGUAAGAGCUUCCCCGCGCGAGAUGAGCUGACAGCAAAAGAGGUUUUACGCUUGGUUGGGCCGGGUCAAGAGAGCUUUGUACGGCCCCAUGGCUGGGUUCAUUUAGAAACAAAAAAGAACAAGUGGGUCAAGCGAUAUCUGCAUAUCACGGAUACGGCCGUCUAUCAUUCCAAAGAUAACAAGUUCAACGGAGAGAGUAUGCUUUGCAUGCUUCGCAAUUUCGACGUGUAUGCCGUACAAGUUCCACGCAAGAAAGCACCUACGAAGUUUGGAUUUGCACUCAAGUCAUCCGAUAGCAUUCAUAUGUUUGAGACACCAGAAGACGACUAUAUUCACUACAUUUGUACAGAAUCGGGUGAGUCGCUUCGAGAAUGGUUGGUAGGUCUUCGUGCAGCUAAGGGAAUAUUCAUGUAUCAUGCAAACCCGGAGAUGGUGCGUGAAGGACAAAAGCAUGCAGUAGAGCUGAUGUCAUCAGGAAACCAGGAUGGAUCAAUGCGAGGGAACCUUACAGAGGAGCAGGUGAGCAUGGCAGAGGCGAAGCUUGCUGGAUUGGGCUUGUCUUUGAACGGCAACUUGUCAAAUAGAUUGCGCUAGAU